UGGAUGCUAAAGACUACAUUACCGAGCUCUUCUUUUCAGUGAGACGAAGAUAGUCAAAAGAGCAGAAAACAUGGCUCAGUUUCUUCAAGUUUUCAGCCGAAGUUUUUCUUCCAGCUCGUCAGCUAUGGCGCAGAUAAAACACGUGACAGUUAUUGGUAGCGGCUUGAUGGGUUCGGGUAUUGCCCAGGUAGCCGCGGCAACAGGUCAUAAUGUAGCUUUGGUUGACCAGACAGAUGAUAUUUUAAGUAAAUCAAUGGCUAACAUGAACAAAAGUUUGCAGAGGGUGGCCAAGAAAAAAUUUGCAGAUGAUCCAAAGGGAGGUGAAUCGUUUAUUAAUGAAAUCAUUAGUCGAAUUAAAACCGAGACUGAUCCCACUGUUCCAGCAGCUAAUACCGAUUUAGUUAUUGAAGCUAUUGUAGAAAAUCUCGAUGUUAAACAAAAACUUUUUAAAUCAUUAGACGAAGCAGCUCCACAACAUACAAUAUUUGCUAGUAAUACAUCGUCUCUACCAAUCGGUGAUAUAGCAGCAUCAACGAAACGUUUAGACAGAUUUGGUGGCUUACAUUAUUUUAAUCCCGUACCUAUGAUGAAACUAGUGGAGGUUAUCCGUACCCCGGAUACAAGUGAUGAAACAUUUAAAUCAUUAGUAGAUUUUGGUAAAGCUAUGGGUAAAGUUACAGUAGAAUGUAAGGAUACACCAGGGUUUAUUGUUAAUAGAUUAUUGGUACCUUAUAUGCUGGAAGCAGUAAGACUCAUGGAAAGAGGAGAUGCAUCGCCACGAGAUAUUGAUACAGCUAUGAAACUAGGUGCUGGGUAUCCCAUGGGCCCAUUUGAAUUGGCUGAUUAUGUUGGUCUCGACACAACAAAAUUUAUUAUUGAUGGUUGGCAUGAGAAGUUUCCAGAGAAUCCCCUUUUCCAGCCUAGCCCACUCCUUAAUAAACUUGUCAGUGAGGGUAAUCUUGGUAUGAAGACUGGAAAAGGUUUCUACUCUCAUAAGAAAUAGAAUCAAUAUUCAUCAGAAUUUGAUAAUUAGCCAGGAAAACAAUGAUGGCAAGCUAGUUCUACAUAAAUUGUGAAUCAAGGAAGAAAAUGACCGUAUCUGACUUUGACCUCAUUACAAAAUGACUAUCUAAUGUGUAAAUGACCUCAUUACAAAAUGACUGUAUCUGAUUUAUACCUCUUUACAAAAUGACUGUAUCUGACUUUGACCUCAUUUCAAAAUGAAAUUUAAUGACUGGUUACAUCAAUAAUGACAGCUUUUUACUUCAUUACAAAUGGAAUUUAAUGGCCAUUUAUUACAUCAAUUAUAAGAAAACAUUGAUUGGUCAUUGUUUUAUAAAAAGAUACACGAGCAUGUAAUUAAAUGAAUAUCAUCUAUUUUGGGAUUGAGACAGCCUCACUAUUUUAUGUUGUGAUCAAGGUAGGGGAUAUCAGGCUCAUUGUAGGCUUAGUUUAUUCUUGGUUAAGACAUGAGAUAUUAGCUUCACUGUUGGCUUGUCUAUAUCUAGUUUUAGGUGAAAUCAGCCUAAUUGUAGGCUGGUUUAACAUCAUGGGAUAUUAGCUUCACUGUUGGCUUGUUUAUAUCUAGUUUAAGUAUUCGAUAAUAAGAUGAACUACAUUUGUUUUAUUUGAGAAAAGUAAAAUUCAUUUAGUUACUAACAAUUCAUUUGAAAAUGAUAUAAUUGCAGUAAUAUUGUAGUGCUAUGUAACCUGUCUAUUAUAAAAUAUUCUAAAAGAUUGAAAUGUAAAUUUGUUAAUUUAUAUUUUAUAAAAUAAAUUAUUUGUUACUUAAAGAAUUUAUUUUUUCUUGAAGAUGUAGAUAAAUAUCUGCUUUCGGAAAAAAUCUCUGCCCUGAUUGGCGGCCAUAUUAAACAAUUAGUAUAUAGGGGCCUACACCUACUAUUUCGGAAUGUAGUUCUACUCUGUUUCACAUACACGCUAAGACUAAAUACACUUUUUCAAUUUUAUUAAAUGGAAACAGAAUAACUACUUGGGAAAAUUCUCAAAGUAUACUAAAAUCAUUGUCAAAUAGCUUGGUGUGUGUUCUCAAGCUAAUUGUAGUUAGACAGCAGAAUUUCAUAUAGUAAAUAAUGUAUCACUUGAAAUUUGGAGUUCUUGGAGUAAUUUUGUUAAACUCAGCACCAAAGAAAAUGGAGUAAAGUCAACACAUUGGCCAAUUGGAGACUAACAUAUCGUCGGUGAAGUGUCAAAAGGGUGUAUCUCGGGGAAAUUAGUCAAAUACACUUUUUUGCAUUUUUAAAAUCUCCCAAUUAAAAUGCACAUUUCUGUCUAAGCUGUGUAUCUCUACGCCAAUUAGAACUGUUCUGGAUAUUAUGUGUCCAAAUGUUGUAUCUUGAUUUGAUGAAAUUUUGAAAUGCAAAAGGUUUUAUUUCUUAAUCUUUAGAAAAUCUUAGGUUUACCCUUUUGACACUUUACCAACGAUAUGAAGUUUUUCAUGUUUCAUAAUUGUCUCUCACCUUUUAUAAGAAAGCAGGGGACUAUUUGAGUAGGUUCAUCUGUCAGUAGAUGUUUGUAAGGUGCAUUUU